GGAGGAGGUGGGGCUGAAAGUUUGCAUGCAGCUCUGAAGCAGGAAAACAGAAGCACUGACAAGGCAGAGGCACAGACAGGAAGUCUUACCGCCAAAUUAGACUGCCAAAUGAGAGGAUGUUUGGUCAGCUGACAGAGGAUGACGUGUCAGUUUGAAUCAGGGCAGCUCAAGUUGAAUAAAAAAUGGAGGAAAUUGUAUUGCAUGAGGGAGCUGAAAUUCAGCCGGAACCCACUGGCCCUGUGUCUCCAUCCAUCGACGUUCCUCCCACACUGAGAGAUAGCGAGUCUUACCAUGUCUUCAUUAGCUACAGCAGCACUGACUACCAGUGGACCCACUCCCUCAUCGAGCAGCUGGAGUCCUGCAGCCUGCAGGUCUGCUACCAUGAGCGCGACUUCACUCCAGGCCGCACCGUGUUAGAGAACAUGUCCGACUGCAUCAAGGAGAGCCAGAAGGUCCUGCUGGUUCUCAGUUCAGAGUUUGUGAGGAGCCGCUGGUGUCUCCUUGAGGCCAACAUGUCUCUGUUCAGUGACUGCCUGGAGAGGAAGCCCAUCGUCCCAGUGCUGCUGGAACCUGGAGUCUCUAUUCCUCUACACCUUUGCCACCUCACCUACCUGGGGGCCAGUGACCCUGAAUUUAAGAAUAAGCUGCUGAAGGUGCUCUGCACCCCCAACCAGCAACUGCAGGGCUCCACUAUGGUUCCCUUCCAGCCUCCCUCCAUCUACAAUGGGAAGGCCCUGCAGCCUUUGACAGCUGUCAACAAUGGACUCCACAAAUGGGAAGCAGGUCAGUUCAGUGACAUGGAGGUGCCAGACCAACUGCGCUUGAUCACUGAUGACCACAACAAGUACAGAGAGGCUGUGAGGAUCCUCAACAGUGUCUCUGAAAAAGUUAGGGACCUCCCUCUCUGCUUCAUAGUUCUAUCGUACUUUUUUGGUGCAUUUUUUGCUUAUCUCUUGGCAUGUUUUUUAGGAUAUAUGGCUUUUUUGUUUAUUAAUUAUAACUCUUUAUUCCCAAAAGCAAACACAAUCGGAUUAAAGGUAUUCAUAACUUUAUGUCUGGCCUGUCCUGUAGUUGGUUUUAUAAUUCAGCUAUGUCUUUGGAAGUGUGAUCGUGAGAAGUAUGUUCUGAAGGAGAUGCAGAAAGCUGUCGGCAAAGCAAACAUGAUCCUCUCUGAGGAGAAGGUGUUGAUGGGAUGUAGGUCCAAUUCUAAAAUGUAUCUGGUGUAUGUUUCUCUAGAGGGAUGUAAACAGGAGUUUGCAGAAACAUUUUCUGAGCAGGUUGUUGCUGAGGAAAUGUUUCAAAGAGCUCUGAUGUUCUUCUCACCAGGUUACGCCUGCUGCCUUGCUAAGAGGCACUUUCCCUUUCCUAAAGCCAGCUCCACUGGUCACCUGGAGGGAGGAGUGUGUUUCUGUCAGUAUGUCUCAAGGAAGCUCGAAGCAGAGACAUGGCAAUAGGAAACAAAUAAAAAUUCCCUAGUAAUGGUGUUAGUAAUAAAUUAUGUUGUAGCUCCUUUUUAAUUUUUUUGUCUAAAAGUAGUCAGUCUAUAAUCUAACUGCAUGGGUAAAUAUUAAGUUCAGAUUUCUGAUAUGAUGCCUCUUGACAACCAUGACGUUUACAUGUCAGUAUGUGUCCCAGGAGCUGAUCAGAGGAGAGCUGGAGCAGAACUAUUGGAUGUUUAAAAACUCUUAACUGUUAGAGCUAUGUAGGCAAACCAGUCUACCUUAAAUAACCUAAUUAUAAAUAUUGUAAGAAGAAUAUCUUCAAGCACUACAACUCUUAAGCAAUCUGGAUGUUUUCUUGUGUCUACUUAAAAUCACUUAAUCAGUGCUCUAAAUCUACUAACAUGUGUCUAAUAAGAGCCACUCUUAGCACAGGGGCUUCAUUUCUGUUUGAAGGCCUCUAAACAUCAGAAAUGACGCUGGCCCUUUAACAAAGAACUAGGGGAUGUUCCACAUAGACUGUGUAAAAUAUGGA